UCUUUCUUCUUUCUUUUUCUUCCUUUGCAAAGUUGGCUGGGCCAGUCUCUGUUAUCCUAGUGCAGACCAUUCUGUCACUUCAAGAUGCCUUGCAUAUUGCCGGAAUUGUUCCUUGAGACCGCGCAGCACUUGGAUGUCCAGUCCAUACUCAAGCUCCGCCAGACAUGCAAGAAGUAUAACGAGCUCAUCACAACAUAUGAACAUUCAUUAUGUUUAGACAAGAUCGCGGCUUUCGCGGUUCCGCCCCCUGGAGACGUGUUCUCGUCAGAACUGGGCAUACGACGCGUGCUCAAGCAUGGAAACUUUGAGAUGGUAAAGGAAUUAGAGACUCGUCAAUCCCGAGCCAAGAAGAUUCUCACCGCCUCUCUUUAUUCCAAUCUUCAGUCCCCGCCAGGCUUGGGAGAGCUUACCAAUCCCCAGCAAGAACAUCUAUGCUCACUGUUGGAACGUGCGUUUGCACAUUGCGAUUCCAUUGCAGACAUUGCGGCCAAUGCGCCUUACGGACCGCCCCAGCCACAAUGGUAUAAAGAUACCUUCAAAGAUUGGUGGGUUAAUCACAGCCUUCUUCAAGGCUUUAGGAUGCUAGAUCCUUAUACCAAUUACCGUGCACGCCCCGCUCAGCAUGAGUACAUUCGGAAUCUGUCUAAACAGGAUUGCACCAUGGUUUACUAUCUGUUAUCUGUGAUGGGAUCGGGCUUCGCAAAAUUCCACAUGGAUUGGCACGACUCGGAUCCCAGCUUCUACGAGCGCAUCACUGUAUUCGAGGAAUGCAUUUUGCGACACGGAUCAUGGUACGCGUGGGCCCACAUCUUUGGAGGUCUUGAAUGGCGUGAUACCAUUUACCCUUUCGAUAGGGUUGGACUGGCCGAGCUCACUAGUUUUGAGUUUGGCGAAGAAGGCGCCCUACCUAGUCUGCAGUCAGUGCUGAUCGAUCGAUUCAACAACAUGUACAAGUGCCCCGAAAAAAGCUUGAAGACGCUACAACAGGUUGUUAAGCAUUUGAUUACCGGAGUAAUUGACGAGGACACCCAUGAAGAACAGGCUGAAGAGCAAGACCAGGCUGAAGAGCAAGGCCAGGCUGAGGAUCAAGCCCAGGACGAGGAUGAAGAUCAGGAUAGAGAGUUGAUUCAUGAAGAGCAAGAACAAGAUAAAUUAGAUUAAGAUAAACAAGAUCAGGGACAGGAGAAGGGCGGGAAUCAAGAUUGAGGAUAGAUUUGGUUUUAGGACCCAGGGAUAUGGCAAGCGUACAGGACUAGAUGAUGGCGUAUUCUUUUCUUCGAGUUUACGACAGGCUGAUGCGCGAGGCUAUUGGUAUAUCCCGGUUGUUUACCCCGUUUUGGUGGGGGGAUUAUUAAACAUCUCUUGAUUUCUCCCUUGCAUAGCGAGCCUGGAUUAG